CGUCGUUUGAUAGAAGGAAGGGAAUCGUUGUUUUUUUUAAUAACAUUUUUAUAUAUUUUACAAAAUCUCAGAGAAACAAAAUCUCAACUCAAUGGACAAUUGCUGAGGGAACAACAAGAUCUGAUUCUUCUACAAAAUCUCAUCCAGGGGAGAAAGUAAAUAAUAGAGUUAGAUUAGAAAGAUGGGUACGCCACAAGAAAGAUGGUGUGUUGUGACCGGGGGACGAGGAUUCGCCGCACGUCAUUUAGUCGAUAUGCUCAUCCGUUACGAAAUAUAUUCGGUCCGGAUUGCUGAUUUGGGACCUGAUAUUAAUCUUGAACCUCAUGAAGAAAAAGGAAACCUCGGGCAAGCUUUACGCUUGGGUCGUGCUCAAUACGUGUCUAUGGAUCUUCGUGACAUAUCUCAAGUUAAUAAAGCCUGUGAAGGGGCCGAAGUUGUUUUUCAUAUGGCUGCACCAGAUUCAUCCAUUAAUAACUAUAAACUGCAUUAUUCAGUUAAUGUGCAAGGGACCAAGAAUGUAAUUGAUGCUUGCACUACACAUAAUGUGAAGAGGCUUAUCUAUACUAGUUCUCCCAGUGUGGUUUUUGAUGGGGUACAUGGAAUAUAUAAUGGAGAAGAAUCAUUGCCAUAUCCUUCUAAGCACAAUGAUUCAUAUUCUGAAACAAAGGCUGAAGGAGAGGCUCUAGUUAUCAAGGCUAAUGGCGUCAAUGGACUCUUAACAUGCUGCAUCCGACCUAGCAGCAUUUUUGGUCCUGGUGAUAAGUUGCUCGUUCCAUCUUUAGUUGCUGCAGCAAGGGCAGGAAAAUCAAAGUUCAUUAUUGGGGAUGGCACAAAUAUGUAUGAUUUCACAUAUGUUGAAAAUGUUGCACAUGCUCAUGUGUGUGCUGAAAGAGCUCUAGCAUCAGAUGGGUCUGCGGCAAAGAGAGCUGCAGGCGAGGCUUACUUUAUUACCAAUAUGGAGCCGAUCAAGUUUUGGGAGUUCAUGUCACUUAUUCUUGUUGGCCUUGGCUAUGAAAGGCCAAGAAUCAAGAUUCCUGCCUCUGUCAUGAUGCCUAUUGCACGAGUGGUGGAGCGUAUAUAUACCAUCUUAGCUCCAUACGGUAUGAAGGUACCACAGUUGACACCUUCAAGAAUCAGACUUCUGACUUGCACCAGAACCUUUAAUUCUGCAAAAGCAAAUGACCGUCUAGGCUAUUUACCUAUUGUGCCCCUUCAGGAAGGUCUUAAAAGGACUAUCGAAUCAUACUCGGAUCUUAGAGCCGAGCUUCUGCCACGAAAGGAAGGUCCUUCUAAAGCUGCUGUAUAUCUUGGAAAUGGAUUGGUUGCGGACAUACUUCUUUGGAGAGAGAAAAGGCUUACAUUCACUGCCAUGCUUGCUUUCAUUGUAUUUUAUGCCAGUUUUGUAUCACAUGGAAGUACCAUGAUAACUGCAAUUUCCAAGGUCCUUAUAUGGGCAUCAAUUUUUCUAUUCGUUCAUGGAAAAUUACCCAAUCACUUAAUGGGAUAUACAUUUGAGAAAAUUCCGGAUUCAAAGUUUCAGUGUUCAGAAGAAAUGACACGCAGAGCUGCAUUAUCCGUGGCUUCAGUGUGGAAUUGUGCAGUAGAUGAUUUGAAAUCUAUUUCCAGUGGGAAAGAUUGGAUGCUAUUUUUCAAGAUCGCAUUAUCUCUCUUCAUUGUAAGCUGGAUUGGGUCAAUGUCCCUGUCAAACUUUUUUGUUAAAGUACUUCCCUUUAACUUCAUUGUGUUUUACAUCUACGAUAAAUAUGAAGAUGAAGUGGACAGGAUUCUUCAAACAGUUUUCCCAAUAAAACGCUUCUCAGAUCCCGACUUCUUGAGAUUAUUGAAUCCUUUCAAGCCAGUUGACAAACAUGAUUAGUAGAUCUUCUCCAGGCACAAACGAUGAGCCAAUGUUUUAGUCUUUUUAUAUUUACUAUUGUUAGUUGUAUUGGUCUGAUGAUUUCUUGUUUUCCAUACAAGACACAAGCUGAAACAGGGACUAAAUUCCAUACUGAACUUUAAGUUA